AGAUCUCGCCCACUGUCAUGGCGUCUCCCUUGAAGGGGGUUUGGUGCUGGAGAAAGUAACCGCUGUCAUUUGUCCAUUUUCUCGCGUGAGCAGUGCACUUCUCCCCGAUAGAAGAGGCUGUUAGGAGCGGGUAGAUACCAUGGGGACCGUCCAUGCUAAGAGUCUGGAUCCUCUCCCAAUGCAUGGCCGGGACUUGGGCCUCCACCCCGAUGACCUAGUGGAGCCUCCAGAGCCGGAGCAGGAGUCCAAGCAGGAGAUCCUCGAAAACAAAGAUGUGGUUGUCCAGCAUGUCAACGUCCAGGGGCUUGGAAGAACUAAAGAGGACCUGCUGGGCUAUGAGAUCUCUGACGUUUUCCACGCCAAAAACCUCAUCGACGUGAUGAAAAAGUCUCACAUCGCCAGACAGAGGCUGCUGCGCCUUGGAAUCUUUAAGGAGGUGGAGGUUCUGAUUGAUACAUCUGAAGGUUCGGAUGCUUUGCCCAACGGACUUGAUGUGACGUUUGAGGUGACGGAGGUGAAAAGGCUGACAGGAAGCUACAACACCAUGGUCGGCAACAAUGAAGGAAGCAUGGUGCUGGGAUUAAAGUUGCCCAACAUGUUCGGUCGAGCUGAAAAACUCACCUUCCAGUUCUCCUACGGGACCAAGGAGACGUCUUACGGCCUGUCCUUCUUCAAGCCCCAGCCGGGCCACUUUGAGCGCAACCUCACCCUCAACAUGUACAAAGUCACCGGUCAGUUCCCAUGGAGCUCCUUAAAGGAGACCGACAGAGGCGCAUCUGCAGAGUUCAAUUUUCCUCUGGGAAUGACCAACCACACGCUGAAGUGGGAGGGGGUGUGGCGGGAGCUGGGCUGCCUGGCACGUAGUGCGUCCUUCGCCGUGCGGGAGGAGAGUGGACACUCGCUGAAAUCUGCCCUCUCGCACACUAUGUCAAUCGAUUCAAGGAAUUCCGCCAUAUUCCCAAACCGGGGCGCUUUACUCCGGAUCAACCAGGAGCUGGCUGGGUACACAGGAGGAGACGCCAGCUUUCUGAAAGAGGACUUUGAGCUGCAGCUCAACAGACGGCUCUUCUGGGACUCAGUCUUGUCUGCCUCUCUGUGGGGGGGGAUGCUUUGUCCCAUCGGAGCACAGCCGUCCUGCAUCGCAGACAGGUUCUACCUCGGAGGACCCACCAGUGUGCGAGGGUUUGGGAUGUACAGCAUCGGGCCGCAGAGUGAAGGUGACUAUCUGGGCGGGGAGGCGUACUGGGCAGGCGGCCUGCACCUCUACACUCCACUGCCCUUCAGGCCGGGCAAGGGCGGCUUCGGAGACCUUUUCAGGACGCAUUUCUUCCUCAAUGCAGGCAACCUCUGCAACCUCAACUACGGCGAGGGCCCCCGGGCUCAUCUUCAGAAGCUGGCUGAAUGUAUCCGAUGGUCAUACGGAGCGGGCAUCGUGCUGCGGCUCGGCAACAUCGCCAGACUGGAGCUGAACUACUGUGUUCCCAUGGGGGUCCAGAGCGGAGACAGAAUAUGUGACGGUGUCCAGUUCGGAGCGGGGAUUCGCUUCCUGUGACCUCAUCACUCCACUGCCCUCCGGGCUCCAGCAAGAGGCUGCGACGGGAAAAGAAGUCUUGCUGUUUGUCACUUGUAACUUGUUGUAGAGUGUGUAACGCUAGCAUGGGUCCCUUAUCCUGGAGAGAUGUGCCUGACACCCCCCCCCUCCUCCCUUCCCACACUGUGUGUCCUGGGGUUGAAACAGUAAAUUCUUUCCCAGAAUGUUUAAGAUACUUUAGGCAUGUUCCUUGUUUGCCUUCCAGGAAAGCAUCUCAUCCAUGAGCGGGACUUGCUAGUGAUUUUAUUUUGACACGUACCUGUACACCAGGCACUCUCCUGUCGGGGAGGGAUUGGACCGAUGGCACUUUUCAGUCGAAGCAGAAAAUCCCAUGUGAAAAUGAUGGGUUGACCUCUGCCCCCCCCACCCCCUGAGCAACAUCCACCACCAGUGCUCUUACCGUUGGUCCUCUUUUUUUUCUUUUUUGAUAAUGUUUAAUCUAUUCACAAAUAAAUCCCAGCUGCUCCCUUG